AUGAAACACCUGCUGGCCCUGGCUGCUGCAGGCCUAGCACUCUCCACGACUGCAACAUCUAUACGAGGUCUCGAUUCAUCCAAAGCCGCCUUCUACAAACCAUCACAGGCAAACACAUUCCGCUGUUUGGAUGGCAGCAAAGUGAUUCACUUCAACAAGAUCAAUGACGACUACUGCGACUGUCCUGAUGGCUCUGAUGAACCUGGCACGUCUGCCUGUCAUAAUGCUUCCUUUUACUGCGAGAAUGUCGGACACACGCCAGCACGCAUUCCAGCGCGCAAUGUGAAUGAUGGUGUUUGCGAGCCUGCUUGCUGUGACGGCAGCGACGAGUAUGGUGGUCUGACACAGUGUCCGAAUACCUGUGCUGCACUCGCAAAAGAAGCAGCCAUUGUGGCAGCGGCAAGGGAGGAAAUUCGAACAACCGGUGCAGCGCAACAAGAAGCAUGGUCGAAAGCUGGCCGUGCACAGCGUACGGCCAUGGAAGCAUCGCUCGUGCAAAAGCAGGCUGCGUUGUCGCUUGCGAGGGAGAAGCUGAAGCAUGCUGAAGAUGCACUGGAGAAGGCUAAAGCAACGGCCCCUAUUGAGGUCUUCACGACGGGAUCGCCAGCUUUCGAGGAAGCACGCGUUGCUGUGGAGCAACAAGUCACGCAACUCAAGGAAGCGGUCGAGGGGCUUCAAGGAAAAGUCAAGGCGCAGCAAGAACGUAUUGCAGCGCUCGAAAGCAUCUUGUCCAACUUGAAGGUCAGCUACAAUCCAAACUUCCAAGACAUGGCCGUGAAGGGUGCUGUCAGUGCAUUUGAUGAACUUGCAGCCAUUGAAGAGUCCACUUUUCCGAAUGAGGCGACCUUGCCCGAGUUGUUGGCAGACUCGACCGUGCUCCCAACAGAGGUUUGUCCGGUGCCUGUGCCAGACAAGGGUAUUGGCGCGCUGAUUCACCAAUUCAAGCGAUACAUGAUGGAUCUUGGUGUGAUUGCACACGACACGCAACCAACCACACCACCAGCUGGACCACCAAAACAAGUUCAAGAUGCCUCAGCACUCGUUGACAAACGCAAAGAAGAACUGUCGAGUGCUGAAAAAGAGCAACAGGACAUGACGUCUGAUCUUGCACAAUCCUACGCGGCUGAUGUACCAGCAGCAUUGAAAGAUGCACUACGGCAUCUCACCGGUCAAUGCUUCUCGACGCGUCUUGGCGAUUACGAUUAUGAAGUAUGCAUGAUGAAGACGCUAUACCAGAAAUCCUCAUCACACGGCAAUACCCUCGUUGGCACAUUCGAAUCUCUCAAACGCGUUGCUGAGCCUGUCCAGGACGGUGCCUUAUUUGGAACGACCUUGCAAUUCUUCUUCACCCAUGGAACACGAUGUUGGAAUGGACCGGAACGCAGUGGUCGCGUGGAUGUUGAAUGUGGCAAGAGUAAUCAUCUCGUGAGUGUGCGUGAAGCGCAGAAAUGCGAGUAUGUGUAUCGUGUCACGUCACCGAUUGCCUGUUCCUUGCAGCAGCAACAGGUCGUGAAGGAUGAGUUGUAG